UUAUAUCUAUCAACAUACAUUAAUUACAACAAACAGAUACAAACAGAAAGGAUUAACAAGUCCAUCUACGACAUGAAUAUGUCAAUCUUGCUGUUCUAUCUGCUGCUGGUGGCCAUGUUGCUGCUGUCCAUUGCACCCGUGACGGAGUCGACGUUCCUGUUUUACGCCUGCAUUUUCCGAUUGAAUGUAUGUCCUUUCUUCACAACAGAGAGGUGAGAUAGAUGGAUUUAAGGACCUGCUUCAAAUAUUAAUGCCAUGCCAAACUAUAGCCAAGAUCUUAAUAAUAGUAUAUAAUAUAUAUC